AUGCAAACACACCGCUGGACGACUCCAAUCAACUGCGAACCGAUCCCGCGAACGUGGCACGAAGCCGUGCACCUGCCUCUCAAGAAUGUAGUGCUUGUGUUUGGGGGCAAGCGCACGGAAAGCGGUGAUGGUGAGCUUGCCGUUCUUUCCGACGUUAUGGUACUGGACACCGAGUGCUUCCUGUGGUUUCCACCGGCCAUUCGUGGGCCACCUCCGUCGGCAAGAAGCGGUUAUACUUGCACUGCUAUUGGGAACGAGGCCGUGGUGUUUGGUGGUAGAACAGGACGGAAUCGGCGGAGCACGGUACACAUUCUGGACACUGACGACUGGAACUGGAAGACGGCGCAAGCUGAAGGAAAAGCUCUUAGCGCUUGCACAUAUCAUAGUGCUAUCGCUAUCGCUGUCGGCGACAAGAUCGUUUACUUUGGAGGCAAUAGCUUUUCCAAAAGCUCUAAUGAGGUGCACGUGUUGCAAAGGAAAGUAGAAGAGACGUCAAGUGAUCCAGUGUGGACGUGGUUUCAAUCCCUCUAUGGUUGGUACGCCUCCACGAGAUCGCACAGGUCACUCGACGACGCUUUUGGAUGA